CUAAAGGCAUUAUUUUGAGGCUUAUAAGUAUAUAAUUAAGUAUAACACGUAAUUUCCGCAACAGUAAAAUGACCGAAAUUUGUGAACCGCUGACCCUGGCCAGAGACGUCAAGAGGUCUAUAGAGCUAUUAGAAAAACUUCAGGCCAGCGGGGACUUUCCCACAACUAAAUUGGCUGCUCUACAAAAAGUUCUUAAUUCUGAUUUCUUGAACUCUGUGCGUGAAGUUUAUGAACAUGUUUAUGAAACUGUUGAUAUACAAGGCUCACACGAUGUUAGGGCGUCUGCAACAGCUAAAGCAACUGUGGCUGCCUUUGCUGCCAGCGAAGGCCAUGCCCAUCCUCGAGUGGUUGAAUUGCCUAAAACUGAGGAAGGCUUGGGCUUCAAUGUGAUGGGAGGCAAGGAACAGAAUUCUCCCAUUUAUAUCUCUCGAAUCAUCCCAGGCGGUGUUGCUGAUAGACAUGGAGGAUUGAAAAGAGGAGAUCAGCUACUUUCCGUUAACGGAGUGUCAGUUGAAGGCGAAAAUCACGAGAGAGCGGUUGAGUUAUUGAAGCAAGCGGUUGGCUCCGUAAAGCUUGUUGUACGCUAUACGCCUAAAGUUCUUGAAGAAAUGGAAAUGCGUUUCGACAAACAACGUAAUACGCGUCGUCGUCAAUAAAACUUAAAAAUUAUGUAUUAAUUUAACGAAUAUUAUAAUAUGAUUUAUGAAUCUCAUUCAAAUGAUAAAAUUCGUUCGGCCACUACGAG